AUGGAAGCGUCCGAAAGACAACAUCUGGAAAGUUUCCUGCUGUUGAAUUCACCUGCUUUAAAAUUGAAACAAAAACUCUUUGACUUAUUGACAAUUGUGGAAACUCAGCGUGACACUGCUGACUGGCCCAAAUAUCUAAGCACAUUUGGUCUCUGUGCCUCCGAAUUGGUUGAAAUUCGGAAGUUUCUAGAAUCUGAGAGGUUUGCUUUAGCUCAGUCGAUGAUUCUCACACCACAGGUUUUGAGUACGGAGGCGGAACCAAACCUAGCCAAGGCGACUGAGGAUCGUCUGCUUAUGUUCAACCAGGAUGCGACACCCCUGUAUCUUCGGACAAAAUUGGACCCACAGGUUGGUCCUUACUCCCCCAUCCUAUAUCCGCCCAAAACCCCUAAUACAGUUUGUGUUACUGCUCUAUCCGCGGCUCUCGUAGAAGCUUUGCGGGCGGCCGUGGACGCGCGGGCGGCAUCGCUACGCACUUCCCUUGCGGUUUCGCCAGAACAUGCGCUGGUGUUGCAUGAAAAGCUCGUUGUAACACUGCUGGAUGAUGUGCACCUACUGAAGCAGGAAAUGGACCAAGACCAAGAGAAAUUGGCCACUAUCAGGUCGGCAGCAAACCAAGACGAUCUUUUCAGUCUAGCGGCCACCAUGGCCGUCGGCAGGGAUUACGCAAUGAGAAUGAAACCCGAUGGACCCAAAUAG